AGCGCUCAGCCGCCUUUCCUCCGCUUUUGGCUUUGCUCCAGACAUCGCCUGCGAUGCUUCCCGCUCAGCGCAACAAGAUCGACAUCAGCAAGCUGAAUCCGCAAGAGCAACAGCUCUUCGCCAAGUAUGGAAAACUCCCAACGCACAAGAACGUGCUCAUGAAGAUGCAGAAGGAUCGUAAAUACUUUGACUCUGGCGAUUAUGCACUUUCAAAAGCUGGAGUUGCACCGCAGAACACUGUUGGCACAGCAAUUCCCAAUCCCGAGAACAUUCCCCACGCCUCAAGCUGUGGAAAUGGUCACAAUAAUGGCCAUCAGAGCUUGUCUAUCUCACCCACUAAUUCGAUGAGCCCAGUGAACAAGGAAAGCGGACUUGCACACGACGACAACACUAAUGUCCCUGACGAUGAACCUACGCGGGACGACUCCACCACCGACACAACAACGACCACUCAUGCUUCCCCCACAGUAGCGCUCGAAAACUCAGUGGAGCGCACUGAAAUUGACACCGACGCCACCGAAUGAUCAUCUGGACAUCCUGGUUCAACAAGCACACAAUCCGUCGCCUACUUCUAUUGCACGUGCAUCACAUCACACAUCUUAUGGUACGAGUUGUCUUGCCUUGAAGAGUCAAGGACUAUCAUCUUGGGCGGUCAGAGCGCAAAUUGUCGGAUCUACAUCUUCAUCGUGCAAUGUGCAUGCCUACGCCCGAUAUUAUUCCUAUACUUUGAUAUCUUUUGGAAUUUGCAGGUUGUAUUACCACCGAUCGAGGAACUGGAGUCUUAGUAUACGCUGUGGUUAGGCUAGUACCUGCUAGUACUUACUC